AAUCAGCACACAAACGCUACAAGGCUGUCAAAGACAGGAGAGAGAAAACUGGUGUGCAUGACAGCAACGAGCAACAGGCAGAAGCGCUUGUGAGAUGGCAGACCCCCGGACGGACGCGGUGUCGCGGAACCCCUCCGCCAAUAAGAACAUCCGGAAGCUGCGGGCAGCGAGCAUGGUGUGCAGCCUGACCCGUAGCUGGCAGCGCUGGGUCUCUGAAAAUGAGGAGAAGCAGGCGGGUGAGCCGUCAGGCUGGUCCCCCGACAGUGACUCACGGCUGGAACGCGCGAGAACCGGGCCGUCCGAGAAGAGGCCCCGUCCCAAUCAGAGCGGCACUGCCGUUGCCCCGGCCCCCACUGGGGAUGCAUCACAUCACCCAGGGUCUCAGGACAGCUCCCUGCGAGAUGGGAAGGCUCAGUUAGGAAUUAAGAGCAAGCAGGUGGUGAAGUCCGUGUCAAGCACUGCUCAGGAGAAAGGGAUGGGCGUCGGCUUCCUCACCAGCCGCUAUGGGCGGGAGCCAGACGAGGUGGACAGGCUGCUGAGCAAGAAGGCUUCACCCACCCGGCGGAGGAAGUGCUCCAACCUGGUGUCGGAGCUGACCAAGGGCUGGAAGGAGGUGGAGAGGGAGAAGCAGCAGAAAGAGGCGGGGGGCCUCGAGGGAGGUCGAGCACCUAGCAUCGACACGGAGGACAGCGGCUUCUCCGAGGCAGACGACAGGAGCCUGGACACAGAUGCAUCCUCGGAUACACCCGACCGGACAGGCCACGCGGUCGAUCGACACAUGGACAAGGAGAAACAGAGGGACAGCAGCAAAGACAUGCCAGAGCAGACGAUGGAGUCAUCCCUGAGGAUUAAGAGACCCUCCAAAGCGGUCAACAAGGACGUGGAUGAGACGAAAAAGCUCAACACGCUAGCCAAGAAGUAUAGCCCCGUGGGGAACCUGAAGAGCAAGUGGCAGAACUGGGCCUCAGAGCAUGAAAUCAACCAAAAGCUGAACCCCUUCAGCGACGAAUUCGACUACGAACUCUCCAUGGCGACACGCCUCCACAAGGGUGAGGAGGGCUAUGGCCGGCCCAAGGAGGGCAGUAAAACGGCGGAGCGGGCCAAACGGGCCGAGGCACACAUCCACCGUGAGAUUGACGACAUGUGCUUCAUCAUCCGGACCAUGGCGGAGCCGGGCGCCGACGGGCGCACGCGGGUCACCUUUGGGGAGCUCUUUGACAGAUAUGUGCGCAUCUCGGACAAGGUGGUGGGCAUCCUGAUGAGGGCACGCAAGCAUGGCAAGGUGGCGUUUGAGGGUGAGAUGCUGUGGCAGGGCCAGGAUGACCACGUCAUCAUCACUCUGCUGGUCUGAGCCUGGGAGUUGGGAGUACAGAAACCCUGGGGCACAUGCCCAGAGCCGAAGCAUGAUUCUCUUUGAGAAUUUUUACCUCACCAUGUAAUGUGGAGAAGGAAUGUCAGAAUGGGUCAACGAUGGGAACUUGAAACAUUCUGCUCAAAGGGUUAUGCUAGCCCAUCCCUCCUGGAAAAUCAUUACAUCAUCACUAAUACCACAAUGCCACUGGGCUCACUGUUACUUUUGCAUCUGUUAGUAAAAAAAAAAAA